ACGGACGGUAAAUGAUAAUAAUGUUUUUGAGUAAAACAAGUGACGAAUACUCUAAUGCCUAAAAAUUAUGAGUAUUACUUAAUGGAUUUUGUUGUGAAUUUUGAUUUUUGAAGCCACCGGUUUGUAUUGUUUGCAACUGUUUUACAUCUCGCGCAAUUCAUUUUCAAUAGCUUAUUCGCUCGUUUGUCUCGUCUCGAGUGAAUCUGAACUAUGUAAUUGGUAAGAAAAUUAUUUUACUAUGGCCAAUUUGAAAUUAGAGCUGGACGAAUAUCUCAACAAGGCCCAGAAAAACAAGUCCAGCAAUGGACACGUACACAUUCCCAAGGUGUUCAAGAAGCUUCUGAACAAUGAGUCGGGGGAACAAACGGAAAAUUUGCUGAAUUCCUCCCAGAAGACGUACUUUGAUCUCCCGUCCCUGAGUAAAACGCAAAGAAUAAUGGGUUUUAUGGUUUGCUUAUCAAUCAGUUGUCUGAUGUUCUCAUUAUCGGCAUUAUACGUGCCCGUACUUCUGCUCAAAGCUAGAAAAUUUGCCAUUCUAUACGCUACUGGAAGCAUAUUUGCAUUUGCUAGUGUAUCGUUUUUGACUGGUCCAUUGAAUCACUAUAAGUAUGUGACAUCCAGAGAAAAGCUGCCCUUCAUGUUUGGCUAUAUUACAACUCUUUUGGGUACACUGUACUUUUCACUGUGGAUGAAGAAUACACCAUUCACAUUACUGUUCUUAACUUUACAUUUAAUUCUUAUUUUGUGGUUUUUAUUAAAUUCCAUACCAUUUGGCCAAAAAGGUCUAUCAUUUUUUGGACGUUUAUGUUCAUCUGUAGUGAAAAGUAAAGUGUCUAAUUCAUUACCGGUUUAAACCUAUUAUUAAAAUUAUUUCUUGUCAUUUCUAUAAUGUACAUAAUAUAUGUUAUUGUUAUUA